AUGGUGUUACGGGCGCUCGAAUUCUCGGAUUCGAUAUCGGAUUCGCCGUGGUUCCGGCAGAACUUGCACGAUCAUGAAGUGGCACUGGACGACGCGUUCAAGAACAUCAAACUCAUUGAGAAUCAAUGCAAGGAUCUGAUUGCGUGCACAAAAAAGCUCUCAACGGCACAGCGGGCAUUUGCGAAGACGCUCAGCGAGUUUAAAAUUGAAACUGUUGGAACGAAUCAGACGGACGACGAGCGAUUCAUUGCAACAUGUCUCAAAGAGUUCGCCAGCCUUAUCAACCAAGUCGAAGAUGAACGUAUGAAACUAGUGGGCCAAGCCGAAGAAAGUUACCUAGAACCGAUCAAGAAGUUUCGAACUGAAGCGAUUGGUAAAACUUUAAAAGAAGAGAAGAAUAAAUAUGAUAAGGAGAGCAGCAAAUUCUACUCGACGCUCGAAAAACACCUCCAUCUGAGUACUCUUCGGAAUAACGAUUUCCGAGCGGCCGAUGCUCAAUUGGAGACACAACAGAAGAAUUUCUUUCAGGCUUCGCUUCAGUAUGUGGCAGAAGUGCAAUCGGUUCAAGAGCGAAUGCGAUUUGAAUUCGUUGAAACGUUAGGUUCAUAUGUAUACUCUUGGUUAUCGUUUUUCCAUGUUGGUAGUGUAAUUCAUCAAGACUUCAAACCCUUUUUAGACAAUGUACAAACAAAAGUUCUCAAGACAAAAGAAAACUACAUGGCAACGAAUGCGGAAGCUGAGGAGCUGAAGCGAAAAUUGUUAGCUUCGCACACAAAACCCGGAUCCGAAGAGCGACGACCAACGCCUUCGAUUAAGCAGGGAUAUGUGUACAUGCAGGAGAAGAGCAAAAUUCCCAAGACAAUCGGACGAGAUGUACUACUCGGUAGAUGGACCAAAUACUACUGUGUCUAUUCACGAGAAACCCGAAUCUUCACGAUGGUCAGCGCGAAUUCGGCAACAAAAACUGACAUGAAAAGUGCGGUGGCACAAACGGCGACGUUCAAAUUCAAGUCGUGCUCUAGAAGAUCGGUGGACAGUAUUGAUAAGAGAUUCUGCUUCGACGUGUGUGUGGAAGAGAAGAACGACGUGAUGACGAUGCAAGCGCUCUCCGAGAAAGAUCUCUGCGAAUGGAUCGACGCGAUGGACGGUGCGAAGCAGAACUCCUACACAGCUGGCGAGAAUCCGUCGUGUUCCACAUACCAAAAGAUCUCUAGUAUAUCAGUAAUCCUUUUUUCGGCGCCUUCCCCACCCCUCUAUGUCUUUCCCUUCUUCUUCGACCCCCUUUCGGCGGCGGUUCAACACCAAUUUUCGUCACAACUGGAUGACAUUGGAUUCGAGUUUGUACAGCAAUGCAUCGACAUUCUCGAGGAGAGCGGGAUUCAUGAGCAGGGCGUCUAUCGGAAUUGCGGUGUGACGUCGAAGGUGCAGAAGCUGAUGCAGUUGGGACUGGAUAGGAGAAAAGCCAGCGAGAAGGGCGGUUUGAAUUUGAGAGAUGAGGAAUGGGAGACGAAGACGAUUAGUAGUGCAGUGAAGACGUUUUUGAGGAAUCUCCCGGAACCUCUGAUGACGUUUGAGCUCCACAAUGUAUUCAUAAACGCGGCAAAGAUGGGUGACGCCACUAUGCGCAUUGAUCAUAUCCACUUCUAUGUUCAUCAACUACCACCACAACACCUUCGAAUGUUGGAGACCGUCGUACGUCAUCUGACACGUGUCGCCGAUUUAUCCAACGAGAAUUUGAUGACUGUGAGCAACUUGGGUGUCUGCUUUGGACCGACGUUGUUGCGUCCGAAAGAGGAGACGGUAGCUGCUAUCAUGGAUAUCAAGUUUUGUAAUGUGGUGGUGGAAGUGUUGAUUUCAAACUAUGACAAGAUUUUCAAGACGAAGCCAAAGUCAAGCUUCGGAUCGGCAGUUCCACCGAAGCCCGAUCAUCAUAAUGUCAACGACAACGGACGUCCAUUGGCAACUCGAUCUUUCGGUACGUCUGUUCAAUCCCCGAUUACUCAUCGUUCACGUUCACCUAAAACACCAGGAUCCGGAUCGAAAAUCGUCAGAAGCACCCAGGUGGUAUCCAGCUCGUAUUCACGUGGGAUGCAGAAGCGGGACGCAAUGUUUCCAUCUGAAAUUGCUCGAUACGGCGCCGGAUUCGAUGUCUCUCAAUUGUCGGACUUCUCCAAUGAUGCAGACAAGUCUCCACUGACGUCUCCAACAACAGUCGCACCACUAGCCAGUGGGAGUAUAGAGGAGAUUGAUGAAGUAUCCAAAAAGGAGAGAAACAGUUCAGAUUCCUUGAAUUCGUUAGGAUCACUAGGAUCAGUAGGUGAUGAAUCGACGGCGACAGUGGUGGCGGCUCCAGAUGUAUUUGAGAAAUCUAAUGUAAAACGUAAGUUUGAAUUGAAAGAAAUACAAUUAAUAGGAUUAUUUUCAGCCAAGUAUAGUGUCUCCUACGCUUCCACCUACAACCGGAUCCCUGCUGACUCAUCCAAACUCACCUCAUCGAUAUCGUGCACUACUGUCGAUACUACAGGCGUUGUGGAGACAUCGUUCACCUCGCUGACACGACAGAACUAUCUACGUGGCACAUUGAACAACUCCUCUUCGUCGCCGAUGGGACCGACGUAUAAGUAUUUGAGCCGACGUGUCAAAACGCUGUAUGCCUGCACACCCGAUCAUCAUUCAGAACUCUCGUUCGAGCCAGGACAGAUUAUCACCAAUGUGUAUGAAUCUAACGAAGAUGGUUGGCUAGUGGGGACACUCAACGGCAAGACUGGUCUCAUUCCCUCGAAUUAUGUGGAGCCGUUGCCUUAA